CACAGGAGAAACAUCCUCCUCUCUGUGGAGCUGCUCCUCUGACUGACUUUUCACAGUCCGAUGCCCCGACAGGACUCAGCAGUCAUGGCCGGCAGUCUGACCCACCAAGGCUCCCCGAGCCCCGGCUACAGCUCCAACAACGCGGUCCCGGUGCCAGUCAUCACACAGACCGACUCCAGGGACAAAUGGAGCAAAAAGAUGGAUUUUCUCUUGUCUGUCAUUGGCUUUGCAGUGGACCUGGGAAAUGUUUGGAGAUUUCCGUACGUAUGUUAUCAAAACGGUGGCGGUGCUUUCCUUAUUCCCUACAUUUUGAUGGCCAUCUUUGGUGGUGUGCCACUCUUUUACAUGGAGCUGGCACUUGGACAGUUCCACAGAACCGGAGCCAUAUCCAUAUGGAAACACAUCUGUCCCAUUUUCAAAGGUAUAGGAUAUGCCAUUUGUAUCAUCGCCCUGUAUGUGUCCUUCUACUACAACACCAUCAUUGCCUGGGCCCUCUUCUACUUCUACUCCUCUUUCUCAACCAUCUUGCCUUGGACAAACUGUGACAAUGUGUGGAACACCCCCGACUGCACCAACUAUUUUGGCAUUGACAACGUCACCUGGACGAAUUCCUCAAAGUCUCCGGCAGAGGAAUUUUACACGAGGAAUGUCCUUGAGAUCCACAAGUCAUCAGGGCUGAGAGACGUCGGGGGUGUUCGCUGGCAGUUGAUGCUCUGCCUUUUUCUCAUUUUCACCAUUGUAUACUUCAGCCUCUGGAAGGGCGUGAAGACUUCAGGGAAGGUAGUGUGGGUGACGGCCACCUUGCCCUACAUAGUGCUUUUCAUCCUGCUAAUUCGAGGUGCCACUCUGCCAGGAGCCUGGAGAGGUGUGGUGUUUUACCUGAAACCCCAGUGGGGGAAGCUGCUGGAGACCAGUGUUUGGGUGGAUGCUGCUGCUCAGAUAUUCUUCUCACUGGGGCCCGGGUUUGGGGUUCUCCUGGCCCUCUCCAGCUACAACCCUUUCACAAAUAACUGCUAUCGUGACGCCAUUGUGACAAGUUUGGUGAACUGUCUGACCAGCUUUGUGUCAGGGUUUGUGAUCUUCACGGUGCUGGGCUACAUGGCAGAGAUGAGGAAGGUGGAGGUGGAGGAUGUAGCCAAGGAUAAAGGACCAAGUUUACUCUUCAUAACAUACCCAGAAGCCAUUGCAAACAUGAUGGGCUCAACCUUUUUUGCAAUCAUCUUUUUUGUGAUGAUGAUUACGCUGGGACUGGACAGCACGUUUGGUGGGCUGGAGGCGAUCAUCACUGCUGUGUUGGACGAAUACCCAGAUCAUCUUGCUCACAGACGUGAACUUUUUGUUCUGGGCUUGGUAGUUGUCUGCUUUUUGGGCUCUCUAAGCACUCUUACAAAUGGUGGUGCCUAUGUGGUGAAGCUGCUGGAGGAAUUUGGAGUAGGAUGCUCCAUUAUUGCUGUGGGUUUCCUUGAGGUCAUUGCGGUUUCCUGGUUCUACGGCAUCAAAAGAUUUAGCAAUGAUGUUCAGUCCAUGCUGGGCAAAUCUCCAGGAUUAUUCUGGAAGGUGUGCUGGGUUGCCAUCAGUCCAGCAUUUCUAGCGUAUAUUAUAGUGAGCUCCCUGCUGAAAGCGCCGCCCCUCAUGCUGUUCGACUAUAAGUACCCUGACUGGAGCAUCACAGUGGGAUACAUGAUUGGCCUCUCAUCCUUCAUGUGGAUCCCCAUCUACAUGGUCUACAAGCUGGUGUGGACCCCUGGAUCUCUCAAACAGAGGUUGGCGGUUUGUCUCAGACCAGAGAGGACCAUACCAGACAUCCACGCUGAGAACCUCAACAUGGUUAUUGUGCCAUAGAAAGAAUAACACAAGAAAAAAAACCUGCUUGUAGUUUCUAUUCAAACCACAGUUUUAGGUUAUUAUUUGUGACUGAACUGGAACAUCUGACAUCACGACUGUUACCUGCUGAUGAUGUCCAACAUGUCAACUUUCACUGCACAUGUACACUCUGUAAAAUGGUAAAUGCUGCUAAAUUUGUAAUUUAGGAGGAACUGAGAUAGCAAUACUCAUACCUUACUGUGGUAUGUGUGUAUUCAGAUCUAUAAUAUGUAGCUUCACCUGUUGCCAUUUUCAAGUGUUGUAUUCGUGCGGGUAUAGGAGCCAGUAGCGAUUACUUAAACUUAAUGUUCUGCUUUUCCCCUUAAUCAGCUGUCUUUAUCUAACGAGAACAAUAUGCCAAGGAAAAUAAAAACACGUAUUUCCAUAUGUAACAUUCAGCACAUUAUUUCUAUUGCAUGGGGCCAUUUUCUCUUGUUAAGUUGUGUAUUUUUUGUAGUUUGUGAAAGUUAGAUGAAACAAUGGUGUGUUGCACUUGGUGCAACAGUGAGGUUAGUACAGUUUUGGCAGCGGCAUUUUGCAUGUAAUUUCAUGUAAUAAAAAACUGUAUUCAGUGGGCUGUUUAUCCUCUCAGUGGACAACAUACUCUACAGUUUUUCAGCUAAUGUUUUUCUCACCAGCUCUGCUGUAUUUUUGUGCCAUUUUGAACAGAUAUUGUGUGUUUUUGUUGGACCUAAGUCUAAGCACUUUUUUUGCUGGACAGACAGUGAGAGAGAUUAAAUAGGACAAUACCUAAAUCAGUUUGACAGAAAAUUACAGGCCCUCCUUUAUUUUUUGCCAAUGAUGUAUUUCAUAUUUAUAUAGUAGAUCUGUAAUACAGUGCUUGUAUAGGAUUUCACACCAGCUGCUGGAUAUGUCUUUUAAAAAUGUUCUGUUUUUCCCUACAAGUGUUUGUAAUAGAGAUACGUGAGGCACUCAGACAAAGA